UCACUCUCCCUUUCUUAGCACCUACUCUUCUUCUUCCUCCUCCUUUCUUGAUCCAUAACUUAUCUUAUAUAAGCUUCACAUGUCUUCUCUUUCCCUCCACUAUCAACUAGCUUCUUAGAAAAGGGUUCACACCCACGUUAAUGGCUAUAUCCAUUCCCAAAACUUUCAUCUUCAUUCUCAUUUUCAUCUUUUUUACGGGGCCUAGGGUUUUGGAAAGUACAAGAACAUUCACCAUUGUUAACACAUGCAAAGAUACAAUAUGGCCUGCCAUAACUCCCGGAGGAAACAUCACUGGUGGUGGAUUUUCUUUGAAGCGUGGCGAAUCCGCCGUCUACACCAUUCCCGACUCAUGGACCGGUCGGAUAUGGGCACGAACAGGUUGUGACUUCGACAAGAAUGGGAAUGGAAAAUGUCGGACCGGGAGUUGCGGGGAAGUGCUGAACUGCACAGGUCCUGGAAGCCGUCCUGCCACCCUUGCGGACUUCACCCUUGGCUCUAUAGAUUACUAUGAUGUCAGUGUUGUGGAUGGCUUCAAUCUUCCUAUAGCGAUACAGCCGUCGGGUGGAAAAGGAAACUGCAGCUCCGGGGGUUGCGAUGGAGACUUGAGAGACAACUGCCCACAAGAGCUGGCGGUGAAGGAGGAGGGGAAGGUGGUGGCAUGUCGGAGUGCGUGCGACGUGUUUCAUACCGGGGAGUACUGUUGCACGGGUCAAUUUGAUAACCCGAUGACAUGUUUACCAACAAAUUAUUCGAGGAGUUUCAAGCAAGUUUGCCCAGCGGCUUAUAGUUUUGGAUAUGAUGAUCCUACAAGCAUUUUGACUUGUUCUUCAGCCGAUUAUGUUGUUGCCUUUUGUGCAACUAGGAAUCAAAAGGUUUGCUCUUAUGAUGACAAGCACCUAAAAUGCAAAGUGGAGAGCUCAAAGGCCUCAACAACGUUACCAACAAUCUCCCAAAGAUGGCAAAGCUUCAUCUUCACUUUUCUCUUCAUUUUCAUAUUAUUUGGAAUUUUGUUCUAGUAUGCUCAUUUGUUAAAUAUAAUUUCAUUUACCAAAUUUAUUCUUUUUCAAUUUUAGUUCAAAUCAAGAAAAUGCAUGAGAUACUUACCCCUAUUUGUUUCACAUGUA